UUUAUAAUAUUUACUUAAUAUUAUUAACUUUGUCAAUUUCGCUCAGAACACAACGAGGUGUGUUUCAAAACGGCGGUCAGACACGUUGCUCUAAGUAAGCGUACAGACAGGCAGGCGCGCAGGUAUUGCUAAACUCGCUAAAAACGUCUCCACACACAAUAUUCAAAACCUAGCACCCAAUUGAACGCGCCAAUAGUUACGAACGCGCAGGCGUAGAACGAAGUGCAGCAAAGUGCUAUUGUCGGCUGAGUGCAGUGCAGUGCGUGUCUACAAAAAAUAUAGAAAAUCACAAAAAAAUUUCAUUCAUAAUAAUAAAGCAAGUGCACCUAACCUUAAAGUGUUCCAAAAUCUUAAUAAAUUAUUUGAAUUUAUGUGCAAAAAAAAAUAAAUAGUUUGCAAGAAAGGCUAAAUUAUUGUUUGCAGUAUUGAAAUAAGAGAAACAAAUUAACUUGUGCGUGGAUAAUUACCGUUACGCAAUAGUUCACUUGUCUGCUCAUCAAUAUUGACGAGCCGAAAAAAUGCAGUUGCGUUUAGUGUCGACAUUGCUUGGCGUGGUAGUCCUAACGGUACUGCUUGAUUACUUACCCAGCACAGAGGCUGCCUCGACUCAACGACCUUACGAGUUUGGUUUCUCAAUCGAGAAGCAGCAACAUCGUCAUGAGAAAAAAGAUGAGCGCGGCAUCGUUAUGGGCGAAUUUGGUUUCAUAACCGCUGACGGCAUUUAUCACGUGACAGUCUACGCAACUGAUGAGGAGGGAAAAUUUCGUAUAUUAGCUAUGCGCAGUUAUCCCUAUGAGGAGAAUCCAAAGACAAUCGAAAUGGUGGUGCGCCCAAAGGCUAAGCCGACUACUCCAAAAGCUAUCGCUCCACCUUCGCCUAGCACGACAACGGAGCGCGCCAAACCAAAACCUUUCGAAAAACACAAUUUCAGUGUACAAGGUUGUUCCGGCUGUUUUAUUAAAAAUAACGCACCAACAACAACACAAAAGCCUGAAGAUAAAAAGUAUGACAUAAGUCUCCUAUCAAAGCCGCUCGCACCAGAAGGAACACCUGUUAUUGGUAAGCAAAUUGUUUCGCAAGUUUUACCGCAAGUUUUGCCACAAGUGAUACAAGAGGUUCAACUAGUCGAAACAAGAUUGAAACAAACAACCACAAAUGUGGUACCCAGGGUAACUGCAGGUAUAGGAUCAGCUAUUAAUUUGGCACUAUCAGAGAAGAAUACACAACAGCAAACAACACAAAAAGUACACACUGCAUUCCUGGAACCUCAUCUAACAACACCGAAAGCACAGAAAACACCAAAUUCACAAUCCGCUGCCCCACUUGCGACACAAACAAAUAAUAUAAAUGCAGGAAAGCCAAUUGCAGGAUUUAGUACAAACACAAACCACCUGAGCCUUUCAGACAAUGCACCCACAAUCACACGAAAACCUCAACUAACAACAACACAAAAAGCACAGGGUUCAAAACCUACGCAACACAAUUUACCACUUGCGACACAAACACAAAUCAAACCGUUCGAAACACUUAACACUAACGGCAAUAAUUUAAAUCCCGCUUUUGUGCAGAACAAAGCACCCAAAAUUCCAUCCGCAGUGGCAAUUCCGCAAAAUAUUAAAACACUCGCCACACAAACUCAAGUAAAACUGUCAAAGCCAUUUGAAACACUUAGCACAAACGCAAACCAUUUGAGUCCUGUCAUUGCGUCGAACGUAGCAAAUUCUGCACCACCUGGUACCACUUUAAAUGCCGGAAAAGCAAAGACCUCAACCACCGGCGCAAAUACACCACAAGCACCCGGGAAAACCGGCACAAACGUUCCCAAAGCUCCGAGCAAUCAACCCGCUGGCGGCGUUAAGGGUUCAACCAGUAGCAUUUCAACCCCUAACACUCAAAUUACCGCUCCGGCGAUCAAUGCUGGCAACACUGGCGGCGGAAAAGGCAACGCAGGCGGCGCAAAUACAGGUAUCGGUGGUGCUAGUGGUGGAAGUAGCGGCUUUGGUGGAACCAAUAACUUUGGCGGAAAUAGUGGAAGCAGCGCAGCAAAAGGAGCUGUAGGCAGUAAAGCAGGUGGUGCUGCAGGUUUUGGCAGCGGUGCGCCUGGCAGUAAAGUAGGUAGCGCUGCAGGUUUUGCUGGCGGUUCUCCUGGAAGCCAAGCUGGUAACGCUGCAGGCUUUGGUGGCGGUUCUCCUGGAAGCCAAGCUGGUAACGCUGCAGGUUUCGGCGGCAGUUCGACUGGCAGUAAAACUGGCAGCGCUGCAGGCUUUGUUGGCGGUCCCGCUGGCAGUAAAUCUGCCAGCGCUGUGGGCGAAGCGGGGGAUUUGUACCGCUUCAAGUAUCUGCUUGACUACAAUGGUCACCGGGAAACCGGCUCGCAAAAUGGCAAUAAGGAAGGUAGCUUCUACGCCAUUGGCGAUGACAAUGUGGAACGCACCAUUGAGUACAUCGCGAAUGAAUUCGGCUACCAGCCGCGUGUGCGUUUCCGUAAAUUGGACGCGCCUGUGCAAGCGAAAGAGAAUACGCUGAAAGAUUACGAGUUUGUGUGGUUCAGAAAGGCAUAAGUGCCACAACAAUGAUUUCGCUAAAUAAUUUAUAAUUACAUGCUUGUUUUUGUUUAAUUUAUUUAUGCUGAAGUUGCUGUUGCAGCAGCGAGCGUAUGUGUGGAGUGGCAGCAGAAAGAGAAUACUCAAUAAAUUUAAUGAAAAAAGAGCGUAUUUCGAAUUUUGAAAUCGUUUUAUUUCCACUCUGAUUUCUUAUAUAUUUUUAAUUAUUUUUGUAAUUUCAUUUACUUUAUAAUUAAUUUUGCUUUCUUAAUCACACUAAAACUUAAUUCUCCAAAUACACUGCAAUCAAUGGGAAUUUGCACAUUUAUGUUUAUUUAAUUAUUUAAAUCUUACGUUUGUAUAAUAAAUGUGAGGAGUUCCGUUAAUUUAUUUAUACACAUCGAGAUGACUUUAAAAUUACAUUUUUUAUAAUAAUGAAUGUUAUUAAUUUGUAAAUACAUACAAUUAGAGAAAUGUUACUGCGAAUUGGUACUAAUCUUUAUUUCAUUUCUACAUUUGUAGUACUGACCUUUUUACUUCAUUUUCAUUAUUUUAUACAUUUAUUUUGUUUUUGUAUAUUCAGCUGUCAUAUUCGAUUCGAUUUCUUAAUUGCAACAUUGACAAAUACUCAGUAAUUAAUUAGAAUGCAAGUGUCUUUUUGAUUUAAUAUAUUUCUUUUUUACCGUCAAUUGUACAUACACUUACACGCACACAUACGUAGAUAUACAUGUUAUUUACUGUUAUCGUAAUUUAUUUCAUAUAAUAUCAUACACCAAGAUAUGAACAGACAUUUAAUACACACAGAAAUCUUAAUGCUCUUUCUUUUUUAUUUUCUUUAAGACUUAUGAGUACCGUUAAACAUUAAUUUUUAAAUAUACAUUUAAAGUACAUAUGUAAUAUUUUUCGUGUUUUUGUUUAUAUAUAUAUAUAUUUUUUUGUUUUUUGAUUUCUUUUAUUUAUUCAUUUUCGUUUGUUAAAAUCAAUAAAAUACUUUUUAUUUUUACUUAUUUAUAUUUAAACUGUACAUAUUCAUCUAUCACAGUCCACCAUUUUAAGACAAACAUGAAAUACUGUAUACACAUAUUUUUAUUUAACAGCUACACACAAUCACACAUUUGUAAUUAGAAUUAUGUAAAUAGUUAAUUCUUAUAAGUUGUUCAACUAAAAUAACCGUUUUGGUUUGAGAAAAAAUUAUUUCGAAAAGUUCUAAAAUUUUAUACAAUUUGAAUAACCUCCAAUUCUUAAUUAUCAUAGUAGCAAUCGAACCUCAAACACUGCCUUAUAACUUCAGUAGGUUUAUUUCUGAAAUGCUAAGUAGUAGCUGCUUGAAAUCCGGGAGAAGAGGAAUGCGAAAAUUGUCAGCGAAAAAGUAAAGCAACGGAAAACGUCAUAACAACAUUUGAAAAUUAAACAGACCAUUUUAAAUUCCCAAUUCAAAAUUAUU